CAGACUAGGCUACCUUCACCUACCAUGACGACGCCUAACCAGAAUCGAACCCCCCGCGGCGUGAGCACGCCGCUCUCCCCCAACCGCAUCACGCGGCUGCAGGAGAAGGAUGACCUGUGCAACCUCAAUGAUCGCCUGGCCGUCUACAUCGACAAGGUGCGCUCGCUGGAAUCCGAGAAUGCGGGGCUGCGGCUGCGCAUUACUGAAUCGGAGACCGAGAUUAGCCGGGAGAUGAAGGGCAUGAAGGCUGCUUAUGAGGCCGAGCUUGCUGACGCCAGGCAGACUCUGGACUCGGUGGCCAAAGAGCGUGCCCGACUGCAGCUGGAACUAGGCAAGGUGCGGGAGGACUACAAGGAGCUCAAGGCCAGGAACACAAAGAAGGAGUCCGACCUGGCGGGUGCGCUCCUCCGGCUGAAGGACCUGGAGGCUUUGUUGAACUCUAAGGAUGCAUCCCUGACCACUGCCCUGGGAGAGAAACGCAACCUUGAGGCAGAGGUCAGGAACCUAAAGGCCCAGCUAGCCAAGCUGGAGACCAGUCUGAGCGAUGCUAAGAAGCAGCUGCAGGAUGAGAUGCUAAGGAGAGUGGAUGGAGAGAACCGCAUCCAGACAGUAAAAGAAGAGCUGGAGUUCCAGAAGAACCUCUACAAAGAGGAGCUGAGAGAAACGAAGCGACGCCACGAGUCUUGCAUGGUGGAGCUGGGUAACGGAAAACAGGAGGACCUUGAGAGCAGGCUGGCCGAGGCCCUGAUGGAGAUGCGCUCCCAGCACGAGCUACAGAUCAAGAUGUACAAGGAUGACAUAGAGAAAACCUAUACAUCUAAGUUGGAGAAUGCCCGUCAGUCUGCUGACAGGAGCAGCCACCUGGUGGGGGCAGCCCAUGAGGAGCUGCAGCAGACCAGAGUACGCAUCGAAUCUAUGUCUUCCCAACUCAGCCAGCUGCAAAAACAGUUGGCAGCCCGUGAGGCGAAGGUGAGGGACCUGGAGGAGGCGUUGUCUCGUGAGAGGGACACCACGCGCCGUCUGCUGGGGGAUAAGGAGAGAGAGAUGGCUGAGAUGAGACAGAGGAUGCAGCAGCAGCUGGAUGAGUAUCAGGAGCUGCUGGAUGUCAAACUGGCCCUGGACAUGGAGAUCUCUGCCUACAGAAAGCUACUGGAGGGAGAGGAGCAGAGGCUGCGUCUGUCCCCCAGCCCUCCCUCCACACGAGUGACAGGAAGUGGAUCAGGCACCCGUACCGUCCACUGCAGUUCUUCUACCAAGAAGCGGCGUCUCAACAACACCGACAGUGAGGCCUCAGGCCUGACAGGAGGCACAGUGGCGCGAACACGCAUCACCCAGCAGGCUUCUGCCAGUGGACGUGUCACUGUGGAUGAAGUGGACCUGGAUGGGAAGUAUGUGUUGCUCAGCAACAAAGCAGAUGAGGACCAGAACCUGGGAAACUGGCAGCUGAAGCGACAGAUGGGUUCCGGCACCCCCGUCACCUUCAAGUUCCCCCCUAAAUUCACCCUGAAGGCUGGACAGAGGGUCACGAUCUGGGCAUCUGCAGCUGGCGGCAGCCACAACCCCCCUUCUGACCUGGUGUGGAAGACCCAGACCUCAUGGGGCAGUGGAGACCACUUCCAGACCACUCUGAUCAGUGCCAACGGAGAGGAAAUGGCUAUGAGGAAGGUGACCCGCACCCUAUUUGACGAGGAUGAUGAUGACAUGAUGGCCCAUAGCACAUGCGGAGGAGAUGGUGAGUAUAACCUGCGGAGCCGGUGUGGCUCCUGUGGCCUGCCCGCUGACAGCAAGUCCAGCGGCGGCUUCUCUGUGUCCUCCGCCUCCCGCUCCAUCCGAAGUGGGGGCAUCGCUGAGGGUCUCCUCCCACACUCCUAUGUUGUGAGCAGCAGCACGUCUCGUAGGGUAGGUCCUAUAAGUCCCACAGACACACAGCAUUUUUAGUCCCUAUAAGUAGGCCCAUUUGAAAUCUACACUUCAUCUUCUGGAAAGCACACAAACCUGUUUAAUGACACAGAACUCUGGUUGUAUAAUCAUUGAGCUAUUCAACAUAUUAAGAUAUUUUGCACAACAAACAGUGUAUGUUAAAAAAUAUCUCAUUUUUCAGAGUGGAUCUAGAAUGGAGAACU